AUGAUUUAUUCGAUGUCAGUUUUCUUUGAUUUCCAAAAGUUAGAGGUUAGGAAUUCAGCGCGAAAUGGAAGAGUCCUUAAGGAACCUAAAGGUUUCAUGAGGAUCAUACAAUGGUUUGUAGCCAUCCUGGCAUUUGGAACUGCCACCUCGUUCUCAGUAAUGACUGCAGUAACUAUUAGUUGUGGAGGAUCAGUACGUAACGAAACUGCUACCCUUAAGUUCUCAUACCCAUUCGCCUCUGGUUCGUUGACGUAUGCCUCACCUGCCUGUAACAGCAGCGGUAGCAGUAGUAAUCGCACAGAAUUUGUAGAGCUAGGCAGCAAUAUCUCUGCUAGUGUACAAUUUUUUGUCUUUGUUGGCGUUAUUUCUUUCCUGUAUACGCUAAUAUCUCUUGGUAUCUAUGUCUUUAAAAUUGACCCGGCUAAUCCACCAGAAAGAGAACCAUAUUUUAAAGUGGAUUUCGUAAUUAGUGUCAUAUUUGUCAUAUUUUGGAUUGCUGGUGCUGGUGCUUGGGCGGCUGCAUUAAACGAACUAAAGUUAGAGGCCGAUGCUACAAAAUCACUCGCUCAAAAAGCUGCCGGACCAUGCCAUCUUUACAAAUGUUAUACCAGAAAGCUCUCAGAAUUCGGCAAAGCUAACGCAUCUGUUGUUUUCGGAUUCCUAAAUUGGUUUCUAUGGUCAGCGAAUCUAUGGUUCCUUUACAAAGAUACACCAUGGUUCAAGGGUCAGAAUAAUAACAACAGCAGCUCUAAAUAUGGAGCAAGCCCGGAUAGCCAACAGUCUACCUUACCAUCCCAGCAACCUCCAAUGAAUGAUGAAUAUUAA